AGAAAGUCGCCGCUCAACUUAGCAGCAGAGCACGGUCAUACCGGCGUGGCGCGACUUCUUAUUGAGUAUGGAGCUGAUAUCUCAACAAGUGACAGACUCGGCCAUACAGCGCUCAAUUGUGCUGCUCGAGCCGGUCAUAUUGACUUUGUACAGUUCUUGAUCACAAGGGGCAUAGAUAUAUCUGCCAGGGACAGAAGCGGCAGGACAGCACUCCAUGAAGCUGCUUCGGCCGGUCAUAUCAAGGUUGUGGAGCUCUUAACUGCAAGAGGCAUCAACAUCUUUGCCAGGGAUGCUUCCGGCUACACAGCGCUCCACCACGCUGCUUUCGGC